AUGAGUUCAGGCAUGGGUAAUUCCAGCGAUAGCGCUGUAAACAUCAUCUUCAUCGGAGCUGGCGCCGUGGGCUGUUUCUACGCUUCUAGGUUACACCACCCCGACCGCAACGUUCGUGUCUCGCUGGUUGCGAGAUCAAACUACAAAGCCAUCAACGAGUCCGGCGUGAAGCUACAGACUCACUCUUUCGGCGACUACCUGUUCAAGCCACAGGCGGCCUUCCCGUCGGUCGACGCCGCGGCGAAAAACCAAUGGGACUAUGUUUUUGUCACGACGAAGGCACUUCCGGACCGGUCUGACGACUCUGCCAUGAUCGCACCGCUCGUCGGCCCCACGACCUGUAUCGUACUCAUCCAGAAUGGCGUCGGCGUCGAGGAGCCGUUCCGGAAGCGGUUCCCCCGUAACCCCAUCGUGAGCGCCGUGACGGUCAUCAGCGCCGAGCAGACGUCCCCCGGCGUCAUUCGGCAGAACCGGUGGACGAGAGUAAGCGUCGGCCCGCACACGAACGGCCUCGGUACGGGCGAUGCCGAGCUCGAGAGGCUGGGCACGCGGGCGGUCGAGCAGCUCGGCAAGUGGUGGGGUCCCGGCUGGGGUGGAAUCCGCGACGUCGAGCCUCACGACGAGAUCGGUCUGCAGACGGUGCGAUGGCACAAGCUCUGCAUCAACGCGGCCUUCAACCCGAGUGCGGUGCUGAGCGGCGGCAGAGGCAAUGCCGACAUGGUGAUGGACCCGGAGCUGCGGGAGCACGUGGUCGGCAUCAUGAACGAGAUCAGAGCGGCGGUGCCCAAGAUCCUGGGCCGAGAGUUCCCGGACGAGAUGGCGAAGCCGGACCGGAUCGUGAAGAGCACGGAGAGAAACACGGGGGCUCGGCCGAGCAUGCUGUUGGAUUGGGAGGCCGGUCGGCCGUUGGAGCUCGAGGUGAUUCUCGGCAACCCGGUGAGGAUAGCGCGGGCCCACGGAGUAGAGAUGCCGCGGCUUCAGAGCCUGUAUGCGCUGCUCAAGAGCGCGCAGAAGACGCGAGAGGAGAGAGCCGUCAAGGGCAAGCUGUAG